AUGAACAGUACAGAAUCAAAGAAAAUGUUUGAAGUAUUUGAACAACUUGCAUCAGUUGCAGAUUGGGAAACAAUUAAAAAUACUAUCAAAUCACAACAAGUUCCAUUAAAUUUAUUUGGAGAAGUAAUGUAUCUUCUUGGUGUAGAUGUAGGUCAAGCAUUUGGAUAUUCAAUUAUGAAAUUAUUAUUUGAAGGAAAAGAUUUGAGAGAUAUUGCAGAGUUUAUAUACAAUGAUUUAUGUGAUCAAGAUAUAUUUCAUGUUAGUGAGUAUUUAGGUGGAUUUCAAAAUACUCCUGAAGUUGAAUGUAAUAUAGAUGGUAAACCAGCAGAAAAUUCUGCUAUUUAUGUCUUUGGAAAUGAUGCUGAAGGAGCAAAGAAAUUGUCAUACGUUUUGACAUAUCUUCAACAUGAAUAUUCUUUAGGUUGGGAUGAUUUAAUUAUGGUUAUUUCUACAGCACUAAGUAAUUGGGGAUUAUUAAAUCCAUCUGAUAAAUUUUUACAACUCUUUUUACUUUAUGUUUCAAAAGAACUUACCGUUGAUGAAGAAAUUCAACUAAUUGAAAAAAUCAUUGGAGUUUGUGAUGAAGAAGAAAAGAAAGAAUGGACGUCAUAUAACAAAAAAUUAGCUCAAUUCUUCCAAUUACUUACUCAAUCAUGGAAUGACAUAGAUAAAAAACAUUUCUUUAAAAAUGGUCCAAUUGUUUGGAAAUGGGGAAAUGAUUCUAUAAAACAACUUAAUAAAUUCUUUAAAAUUAAUUAA